AUGUCUUCGCCGAAUGAUGUCAGUAUGGAAGAAAUACCUUUGGAAGAUGAUGAGCGGGACAGCAUAGAAUACAAGAUCCUGAUGGCCUAUGCCCAGCGGCGGUUGUCUGUCAGUAAAUAUGGGAAACUUCUGAAAAAUGAGGCUAAUGUGCAGAAAUCAUCAUCCUCAAUCAGGAGAAAAAUUAAUUACCUUCUUUAUUUCCCACCUCCUUCCCAAACAGGUGAAACAGCAGAUGUCAACCACAUUGCAGACAAACUUGUCCAACUUGUUACUUCCAGAUCCCAGGAGUCUCCUUCAGAUGUGUCAUUCAAGUUAACGUAUCAAAGCCUGUGUGGGGCACAAGGUGAUAGUGAUGUUGCCGAUGGAAGUGGAGACAAGGAACAUGAUGAAGAAGAGAUAAUACAAACAAUAGUUUCACUGUUAAGAGAAUCAGGGGACCAACUAGAAAAAAAGAUCCAAAAGGACAGGAUUUUCCAUCAGCAUUUUAAAGACAUGCUGUCCUACAACUUCUUCAAGAGGAUCACUGAUUUGUUCCUGAAGGAUAUCUCAGGAGAGUCAACAAGUGAGCCAGGAGACCAAGUACGAUGCACAAAAGUUGCCUUUACAAUGGAAAUUGCCACCAGACUUACCGCUGUGGACAAUCAUCCUAUGAACCUGGUCUUGGGCUUUGGAUUAAAGUACCUCAGAGAACACUUCAAGCCGUGGGUCCAGGACCAGGGUGGCUGGGAGAAGGCUUUGGCUUCACUGGACCAUGAAGAAGUAGAGUAA